UGUGUGUAGGGCAGACAGUGUGAGAGCUCUGGCUCGCGUUCAACCCCUUGCAUAAUACACGUUGGUGCUCUGCAUGCGGGACUCCCUCCCUGUGGGCGUGUGCAAGUGUGUGCUACCAAUUGAAUGUGUGUGCAUGUACGUUUGUGUCUGUGAGGGUGUGUGUGUGUGUGUGUGUGUGAGAUCACCUGUAUGUCAGCGGUAGUGAGGGAGCUUCCUGCCUCGCUGUCAAGAUUUGGGAGAGAGGGCUGCCGGCUGUGCGUGAGUGUCUGCGGCGUGUGUGUGUGUGUGUGUGUGUGUGCGUGCGGUCGAGGGGUGAAAAAGGCCGAGAGCAGUUUUGUAGCGCACCGACUCUGCCUGGGAUUUUCCGCUUGGGGGGAGGGGGGGGAGGGAGGCAGAGAAAGACUCUGGGUGCUUUACAAGGGACACGGCAGAACGGGAGGAUAGAGAGAGAGAGAGAGAGAGAGAGAGGGAGGAGAGAGAGGAGUUGAGGAAAGCAAAGGAAUGAGACGGGGAGAGGAAGCAUGCUGCAGGAGUGGGCUGCUCCUGCUACCCUGGAUUGUGCUGCGUGUGGGCAGGCUUCCUUUUGCAGGGAAAUGAUUCCGCAUGAAGUGCAACGCACUCGGCCCCCCAUCGUCCUCUGCGGGAAGAGCAGGUGUGACGUCGUGACCCUCUCCCCUACAACACUGAGCUCCCCCUCCAGCCGCUAAACAUCCCUGGACGGACCAGACCGCCCACCCCUCCCCUCUAACCACCCCUCCAUAGCAUCACCUCCAUCUGUAGUCCUUCCACACCGGCUAGUUAGGGUCUGGGUUUUCUUUAUCAAGGAAGCGCCUGAUAAUCAACGGCUUUUGGGAUAGAUACAGGGACAAAGAGACAAGACUGGGAAGGUUCAUUUUCAGCUAAUUAAUGUGAAACAAAGUACGGAACGUCAAAAGUGAGACAAGAAGAAAGGAAAGUGAAAAAGAAAGUCAGAGAUUGAGGGAUUAAAAAAAAAACGACAGGAAAAGGCUAUUGUCCAAAACUUCAGGAAGAAUAACGCAAGUACAGCUGAGGGACGUGAGGUGAAAUCAGUAUGAAGUCCAACCUGGAACGCAGUAAUGAAUGUCUGCCCCCAAAAAAGAGGGAGAUCCCCUCAAGCACGUUACCAUCUGAAAUCCGCUCGCCUACCAUCCCACCCGCCAGCGACAGCCAGCGCACGGAGAACAUGACCUGGCUCGCCAGUGUGGCUGGUAGGAAUGAGAGCGGCAUGGGUGCCCACCGUAGCUCCAGUCAGUCUGACGGGCCCCAGUACAAACCCCCCUCCUCCAUAUCAGACUCUUCAUCCUCCUCGUCCUCCUUGAGGCUAGUCUCCUCUUUCCCAACCGUGUACACAUCCCCUAUGUCACAGUCCACAGGAACUGUCCACGCACAACUGCCUCCCAGCCUGCAGUUCAUAGCUUCUCCCUACUCUGCCCCGUAUACAGGGUACCUCUCGCCUCAACUGCUCCCUCCGCCUCCCCCUCCUCCCCCGCUCUCCUCCUCGUCUUUGGCGGCUCAGAGACACUCACACACAGAGACAGUCACUGCUCCUUCGCAGGCCUCCAAACAGGACCAGCAGCAGCAGCAGCGGGCGUCUGCGGGGCGCACCUCCAUGCCCCCGCCUUCAACGGACACUCUCCCCCACUAUGUUCACAUGUCAACAUCCCCGCGGACAGUGCCGUCGCCUCACCACCAGGGAGGCGCUCACCACCCAUCCCACUCACUGAAUCCCCACCAUAUGUUAGGACAUGGCAUGUCCCAGGUUGUGGUGCAGUAUACGGAUGGACACGCCAGGAAAGAGGAAGGUGGCUCCAGACCCAGAGAGCUCCACAACGGAGAGCUCGAAAGGGGUCGGCGGUUUGGGGCAUCCCCUGAGUCCAGCCUCUCGAAGUCAGGGAGCAAAUCACGGGACGCCACUUCCUCUUUGUCUUCCUAUGAGGCCCGCCAGCUUGUUCUGCCAUCAGACUACUCUACUUAUGAUCUCUCAGGGCUGAGAACCUCUGUAAUGUUAAUGCCUAACAGCCACGGGGACCACCACCUGGUACCACCAAGGGCCAGCCCUGAGAAGCUGACAACUUCUGCCCCCACGCACCUGGAGAAAGGUGGCAUCAUCCUGGGCAAGCCGGUCAGCCGAACGUCAUCCUCAUCCAGCACCACGUCCUCUUUCACGUUUCCACCCCCACUAAGUGUAGACAGCCUGAAAGCUGCUGUCAGCACACUGUCACCCCAGACCGUUAUCCAGACCACCCACAACGCUACAGAGUCACUGUCAAUGGGGCUCCCUUCCACCAGUAUUUACCCUCAGCCGCCUAUUAUCGGUUAUAUUGCCGGGGGCAGUGGGAGCAGCUACCACACCAGCCUACAGCAACACUUACUCAUUCCAGGCACCCAACAGGUCAUCAUCCCUGUCAGUGGAGGUGGAGUGCCCACACUGGAACCUGUAACCUCCCACGUUACAUCAUCUACCCAAGCCACGCCUUUUCCUACUACACUCCCGCAUACAUACAUUGCUGCCACUGGCCCCAAAGGAGAAACUCUGGAAACCCCUGGCGGCUCAUACCAUCAAGCUGCCUCAGGUGCAGUGGUCCAAGCCCAGCUUCAUCUCCCAAUUGUUCCCGCUCCGCCGGGGCUGGUUGCACCAUCUGCUCCUCCGUCCUCCUCCAGUACGGUGGUGCCUCCGUCACUCCCCCCUUAUUUCAUCAAGGGUUCCAUCAUCCAGCUGGCCGACGGCGAGCUGAAGCGCGUGGAGGACCUGAAGACAGAGGACUUCAUCCAGAGUGCUGAGAUCAGCAGCGAGCUGAAGAUCGACUCGUCCACUGUGGAGCGUAUUGAGGGGAGCCACAGCUCACCCAACUUUGCUGUGGUUCAGUUCUCCGUUGGUGAGCACCGUACACAGGUGAGUGUGGAGGUGUUGUUGGAGUACCCCUUCUUCGUCUUCGGUCAAGGCUGGUCUUCAUGCUGCCCCGACCGGACCACACAGCUCCUGGAGCUGCCUUGCACCAAGCUUUCUGUUGGCGACGUUUGUAUUUCUCUCACACUCAAGAACCUGAAGAAUGGAUCUCUGAAGAAGACUCAGUCCCUGGAGCCGGCUUCCCAUGCCUUCGUCACGCCCUCCAGCCACGGGCUCCUCAAACCCCCCCGGGCCGUCUCCGACGCUCCCCAGAGCUGCAGUGGAGGAGGCUCCAGGCACAGGGAGCGGGAGAACGGCAUCAGCCAGCGAGGGAACGGUGAAAGCGGAAACGGGAGCGGAGGCGUGGAAAACGGAGACCUCACGUUCGCCGUAAGAGGGUCCGUCUCCAAAGGUCAGGUUGCCGCCGGCGCACAGUCGGGCUCUGCUAAGCCGUCGGGAGGCAGGAAGCGGAGGUGGUCGGCACCCGAGGGCCGCAAAGUAGAAAAAACAGAGGAGGAGCCACCUUUGACCCUGCCCAAACCUUCCUUCAUCCCUCACGAGGUGAAAGUCAGCAUCGAGGGAAGGUCAAAUAUUGGCAAGUGAAGGCUAGCGGGACUGGUAAUACCCCUUGGGAUUUAAAAAAAAAGAAUAUAUACAUAAAAGGAUUCUUCAACAAAACAUGAAUGCCCACGUUAAUGUUUCAUUUGUCUUGGUUUUGUUUUCCGUUUUUUUUUCUUUUCUUUUCUUUUCUAUCUUGAAUACUGUACUGUUGAGGUAACCUUACCCUACAUGGUAUCACUUUGCAUUAAGUCCAUGUAGUUUAUAACACAUUUUUUUAUAGAUGGAUUUAAUAUCACAUCGGUGCAGUUUGGUGGUUUUCAUGAGACGACUUAAUGGUGAGGGAUUUGUGAAGCGUGCUAAAUGUUUAUUGGUGGCUCUGUGGCACACGGGCCGGAAACUUGACGGCUCUUCAUUGAGAACACACACAAUAUGUAUAUUUUCAAACUAAAUUGUCGCACGGUGAUUUUAUUCCCUGUGCUCUGCACUAAAUAAAUUUCCUCCCGACACCAUUUGGUAGCGGUUGUGGUUGUUACCUGAUCUUGACCGAAAAAAAAGGUCCAAGAUCCGACAAGCCUCUUGAAUGCGUCACGUGACAUUCACUGAGUCGGUUUGAGCCAGACGUCAUCAGGUAGUGCCCGUGUGCCACACAUUCGAGAGGGAACAACACUUACUCUGCUCAGUUUGAUGACAGUUUUUAAUUUCAUCUUCAGCGUUUUCUUUUCUUUUUUUUUUUUCCUUUCCGCAAAUCCCUCAUCUUCUGUCUCACCACAUAUUUGUUUUCAAUGAUUGUCAAAAAAAAAAAAACUUAAUCAGGGGUCAUUUAGUCCUAGAUUGAGCUUAGGUGGGUCAAUGUUAAUGUAUAAAUGUGAGAUACCCUAACCUAAUACAUACAAGUGCAAACACACUGGGUUGGUGAACUUCACUUUAAGAGAAGAAGAAGAAGAUAGAUCCUCGUUGUUGUUAUUGUUGUUGUUGUUGAUGUUUUUUUUUUGUGUUUAGUUUUUUUGGACGAAUUACUUUAUAUAUUUUUUUUUUAUCCAGAAAAGCUUGUGUGAGAGGAACCGAGAGAAUCUGCAUGUCAGCUCUGAGAGGGUCAGGAUGUUUCAAAGCACUUAACACACCUGUCACACUCACCAUACAGCCAACAAAUGUUUUGGUGUCUGUUUAUUUCCGCAGUACUGUAUGUUUUUUUUUUUUGUUUUUUUUUUUUUUUUAUUUAGACAAUGAUAGAAAACAGCAACAGCACUUUGGAAAAAGGUGAAGUGUUUGGAUAAUUUGAAGUGGGGCCGGCGGGUAAAGUGGAAGCGGACGUGCCAUUGAAUCGGAAAGCGAGGGUGAUGGAAAGGACGGGUGUUGUGUGUGCCGAUAAAUGUGAUGGGUCGGCAGCGUGUGCGGUUCAUGUCAUCGUUUAGCUGUGCGAAACUUAGGGAAAAGCAUUGGAAUGUGUUUUGCGCCUGUGGCACGAAGAUGAAAGGGCUUGGAAAUAUCCCAGUGAUUAGAAGAUCAGCGAGUCAUCGUAUAUUUGAAAUCUACGUGUGUGUGCGUGUGUGUGAUGCUGGUUUGUGUUUGUCCACACACAUGCUACACACAGAUACAGUACAGACCAUCCCUCAACAGCCUAUAAUACGUACUGUACUUGUGGAUAUACGUUUAGAUGACUGCAGAUGCAAACACGUUGGUGCGAAGACACUAGUGGACUGAUUUCUGAUUAAUGUACACAUUAAUGCCAGCAGUACAGCUGCGCACACAGUGGUCUGGGCGGGAGUUUUGUAUAAGAGUGUAUAGGAAAAAGGAUAUAUAGACAGUGCUUAAAUGUCCAGUGUUUUGACUUGCAGUCUUUACUUCUUGCAAUUUGCACAUCAGGAGGAGGGAGUUGGGUGGAGAUUUGUGACGGGCCCUGCCCUGAAAGAAACCCUGGACCACGUAACACACUGGAGGAGGCCAGGUUUAUUUUUAUUUCAUAUAUAUAUAUAUAUAUAUAUAUAUAUAUAUAUAUAUAUAUAUUCCUCAAUAGGCACUUACCACAUUGAAGACGAGAAUGAUCCUGCGUCAGCACAGUCAGAUCAGAUUGGGUUAUUAGGAACACAGAUAUAGCUUCGGAGCAGAAUUUUUAGCAUGUGCCUGCCUACUGAAUCAAACGAAAGACGGACCGGUUCUAGUGUUGCGUAGAGGGGGCGUUGGGGGUGCUCAGCCAGCCAGACAUCAGCAGCAGUUGCCUCAACAGAUGUGCCUGCUCUGUGGGCCGCGUCGAAGGUUGCACGUCCUUCUGAGCUCGGAUUUUGUAAGAGGAGAGGAGUGUGCACUUCCUGAUGAUCCUCACCUUGUUUCAUUAUACAGCACAGCGUUUUAGCAUUUUAAUUAAAAAAAUGAACACAGGAAAUUGGCAGUUUUGCAUCAGCGAGGGUGCCAUUCGACAUGUUAACGCUUCAAACGCGGAGCCCUCCUGCCGGCAUAUCUGUUGAGCGUAGCAUAUCUGCAUUCAGGCAUCGUCCUUUUAUGCCUGUAAAGAAGGGGGGGGGCCGGUGUGUAUUCCCAUCCCAGCGAUGAUUCAACACAGUGAGGUUUAAUAAUGUUUCAGAUGGAGGAAGUUUACCGGGGCGAUGGCAGGAUGGAUGUGUGCUCAGAUGGCUGAGGGACGGGUGGAUGGGUGGGUGGGAAGAGAGGUGGUGAUGGUGAGUGAAUGAGAAAACCCCAAAUGAGUAAAUGCUUUAUUUUUUUAUAAUAAAACAGGGUUCUUAGAUCAACACCGCCACAGCAUUGCAUUUUCAUUUCUUCCUUCUCCUAUUCAAACGUCAUGUGAUAGAAACAGCAGUAGGUUAAAGUGCGCGUGUGUGUGCGUGUUUUGCAAUCAGUGCGUGUGUCUGUGUCUGUGUACAUGUGUCUUCAUUUAAACAUUUGUCCAACACCCUUACCGAGAAAUGAAAAAAAAAAAAAAACGCAGAACCCCAACAUCUGAACAAACCUGUCAAACCAUUCAAACUUUAACUGUUGGUAAAAUCAGGUUCAAAAAAAAAAAGUCUUUAAGCCAAAGCCAAGUGAUGCUAGUUGUUGCUUUGGUUACUUUAGAGAGCAAUAGUACAACAAUAUAAAUAUUCAGGCACUCUCUUUGUGUGUGUGAGUGCAACACACACUCGGAGUCAUUCCACUCAAAUUCUCUGCAAUAAAAAACAUUUUACAGUUCUCCUCCAGCGUUACAACCAAAACGACUCUUUCCGCCCACGGAGAAAACAGCGCUUUGCCGUGUGACAUUUUUAAUCGUGACCUAAUCGCCCUUGUGAUAUUGAAACCUUCAGUAAAUUGCAGUUGCAACACCAGUUCAGGGAAGUCUCUCGUAUAUGCAGUAACUCAACCUAACCCCUGAAACCUCCUCCGUUUCCGGCUGGUCCGCCUCAAACGCUGCUGCUGGUCGGGUUGAUCCGGCGGAGGGCGCUGGGAAGCAGACCAGCAGACCAGCGUGGACCCGGCUCUGCCUCAUUGCCACGACUCCCGUAGUGACCUCGUUAACUUUGUUUCAGGUACCCAAUCAUAGCCAGCCAGCCUCGCAAGUACCUCCUCCCGAGGCGAUCAGUUACCCCUUAACAACCGUUAGCUACCUUUUCAGUGUGGCCUGGCCUGGAUGCAGCAGGACCGGCCUGUACUGCCUCUUCCCCGUAAUAGCAUCUCCUUUUCACAUUCGGUCUCCUAUUCUCAACCGACGUACACAGGCCAUUGUGUAUUUUCUUUUUUAUUUUAUUUUAUUUUUUGAGUUGGAAAUGCAUACUUAAUUAUAGAUUGGAACAGGAGCUGACAUUCGUGAUGGAGGAGAAGGAGCGGCACAUCGUAGAAAGUUACUUUUGAGGGUUUAGUGUUUGUUUUGUUGAGAUGAUCCCAAGUUCAUAUUCCCUUGAAAUGUACCACAAUGUGCAAUACUUAGAUUUCCCCCCCCCACCCUUCCCCUUCUUACCGUGCCAAGUGUAUGUAGCAUAGUCUCAGAGUGUGUCCUUGUUAGUGCGUUUUAUCGUCCGUUGAUGUGAGUCACAUCUGUAAAACGAGAGUCAGGAUGUCUGCGAAGAGAAACGAGAAACCAACAAAGAGUUUUUCCCCCCCCCGUAACGUUCUUUCCCCCUUCGUCCUCGCGGCCUUCCUAAAGUUUUAAGUGUGUGUCGUGUGCGCACGUGUUCAAAAAAACAGGAAUGAGUGCGUGUUUGUGUAGCGGGAGCGUUUUUUUUCUCCUCUAAUCGUCUGUGAGAUCGUAAAGCCUGACCCUCGACGGUUCACGGUGAGACCCACAGGAAGAAAAAAAAGAGAAAAAGAAAAAAAAGAAACCUCAUUGCCAGUGGGGACCACUUUUUGUUAAAAAAGAAAAAGAAAAAAAAGAAAAGAAAAAGAAAAACGAGAAAAAAAAAAUCAACCAACCAACAGAGAUGCACAUGUAAGUAGAUGUAAAAGACUUGAUAAUGUUUCAGCACUUUCUAAUCCUAGGAUUGGUUUGGUCUAACCCCUCUGUCUCAGACCGACGCCUGUCCUAGGGGUAACAUUCAUUCAAAAACAGACAGAGAGAAUGAAAAAAAAAAGGGGGUGAAUAUUGAUGAAAAAGAGAGAUGGCUCAAGUUUUUUUCUUUGCACAUCACCUUGCCGUAAUCUUGUGUUCAUCUGUCUGUGCUCCAUCUCACUUGGCGCCCGGCGCGUUCUUGGGUCCAACGGGCCGAGGUGUUAGGUGAUUCCUUGGUUCUUUUCUACUAGGAAAACCCUUUCUCAUGGAAAGCAUCCCUUCUUUUGUUGUGCUAAGAUUUGCACGAGACCCUUUCCGCCCUACCGCCGACCCGGGCCGUGCCGUCAAAUCGACCUUCAUCCGCAUUUUCAGUUUCCGAUUCGGCAGAAAACGAGAAGUCACGGCUCGGUGCGGUCGUGUGUUGCGAAAGCGGUGCGCGCAAACCUUCGCUUUGUUUGCAUUAUAUUUGGUGCAGGAGCUUUCUUUUUUUCUGUUUUCGGUCUUCUUGUAGCACUCAAUAUAACGUCAGGGGACUUAAAACUAUGUAGAGAAUGUGUCAUUUUUGAGUUUUUGUGACAAGCUUCCUCACUGGAGGAACACUGCUAAUGUCAUCUUCUUUCUUUUAUUAUUAUUAUUAUUUUUUUUUUUUUUUUAAUUUUUAAUUGGCUUUUCUUGCACAACUUGACAAAUAAAAUGAAUGUUGGUGUGUGAGCUUUGACUUUUUGAUCAGAAAAAAAGGCAUGUGUGCUCUUUGUUUCUUGAUGUUUGUACUUUCAUUUUUGCAAAAAGGAUGUGUUUUUUGGCACUUUGUCGUGUUUUAAAAGUGAACAGAAUUCGAUCAGGAUUCCACUUUUUUUUUUUCCUUAAUUUUGUUUUUUCUUUUUUUUUGUAUGAUGUCUCGUCAAUGUCCAUAGCGCUGGAUAACCAACUCAGGCAGAAAGAAAAAAAAAAAAACUUGUAGAGGCCCACUUAACAGUAUAGUUUCACCCCAAUCAAUUUGCAUAGUGGGCUGUUUGAUAUGGGUUAUAAGAUAUGUAAAUUUAUUACAUAUAAUUUGAUAUUUGAAUUGAUGAUUAACAUGUCAUUGUUGACAAUUAACUAUAAAUUAUUAUUAUGAUAUUAUGUGCAUUAUGCUGGAGAUGGCUUGGAUUACUCUUCAGUGUACUGAACGUCUCUGGUCUGCCUCUCUGUGCAAGGCGACAAACACUUCAGCAGGGGACAGGCUGUUUGGUUCCUGACCUCUGACCCUGCCCACUGCCACGGAGGGGGGUGGAGCUUAUCUGUCGGCUGAGGCUCGGCUGAGCCCUCCCCCUGUUCUGAACGCUCAGCCCCGGGGCUCGCAACCAGUCUGUCAAGAUGUUUCUCUGCUAACCUGUGACACCAAGUACUAAACUGAAACUUACUGGCCUAUGAGAUGGUGGCAGAGAACUGGACAUCAAUCAGCACAGACCUGCACGGACAGUCUGGCCUGCAGGAGGCCGCAGCAGUUCCCAGCCAACUUGUUUGUACUAUAUUGUACUCACCAAGUCCCUGUGUCUCACCACCCCUGUCCUCUAUAGCAAUGGAGAAAUCCUGUCGGUGUAUGUAUUUGACAUCUGUACAAAUGCACCUCUUUGAAAAAGAAAAUGAAACCUUGACAUAUCUGGAAUAAACGGACGGUUUGUGUCUUUA